AUCUUCAAAGAGCUGGUAUCGUGGAGGUUACUCAUGUGGGAGACUGAAUGGAGGUCGGUGUUUGUGGAUAUGGGUCCACGGGGUCUCAUAAGCGAUGCGGAUCUCCUUGCCAUUGCGAGCAAAGCAAACGCUAUUGAAGAGCUCGAAGAUCUGGAAAACAUUGUGCAGAUUUACUAUUGGGAUGAGGUAGCUCCUCGAUUACUCAUGGCAGUC